AUGCAAUGCUUAUCGAGGGAGUCUUUUAAGUCAGAUGCACAGUAUCGGGCUAAUAUACCGACUGGUCUCACCCUAGGCACCUUGCCGCUUUACACAUCAUGGGUUGCUAAUACUACCCAUGUUGAAGCAAACCAAAGCAGCUGCUUCAGUGUUCCCGAAACCAUGGUGCAGGAACCGCGCUAUGAAGUUUACCGAUUCGAUGACCAAAUCAAGGUUUUGCAAGAGAAAGCCAUUGUGGAGGUUCUUACUUCAACACCGGCAGAGAAGCAACUGAGAUUGGAUUCGUACGGCCUAGACAAGCUAUGCGAAGAACUCAGUGAUGAAGUUAUACGAGGCAUGAAUGGACCUCUGGCUAGGUGGGCUAACGGCUGUGGCCUUGUCAUCAACGACCUUAACAGACCAAACUUCCGAUCCGAGGCCUUCAGACUACAGAAGGGCAGUGCUCUGUGGCCAGGGAGAAAUUCUACGGCUCUGCUUGUGCCUCUGAGCAACGGCAACGCCAAGAUCGAUUUACUUCCACGUGGAAGUAAAGACAGAGUUGCCCAUGAUUGGGAUCCACGCACCGUCAUUCAUUUGAACGAGAUGGGCUUUGAAUUCCAGGGGAACGGGAGUGUUCGGUUUAUCUACAUUCUUUUCCAGACGGCGCGUUACCCUGAAUUUCAUGUCUGGUGA